UCAAUGUUAUAAAAAAAACAGCGAAUUCUAAUGUUUUUUUUUUGAUUAGAAUUAGAAAUAGAAAGUGAAAUUGCUGAGAAAACACCACGGAAAACACUUUGUAUUUUAUUUAUUUCUGAUUAGGUCUAGAUAAGUGUGUCAAAAAUUGUUUGAACUAUUAUCAUUUUAGUAAUUGAGAUUAAUGACGAAAACUUUUAUUCAGUUUUUAUUAGUCCUACUUUUAAACUAGGUGGAACUAGUGUAUUCAUGGGUAACUAGAACAAUGGUUGAAGCAAGUAAGCUUUGGUUUGAGAGAGCUUGCAGUGACCGUUCGUGUGGUGAAAUUAUCCACCCAUGGACAAACAAUUGCAUGGAUGCAACUGCAACAAUGCUUAUGAACUGCAUAAAGGGAAGCUAUAAAUUCUAUGCCAUGGUUUAUCUUAUUCAAAUAUUAAUGAGAGGUAAAAAGUUGGGGAAGAAGGAAAUGGUAGAACAGUUUAAAUUGUAUCUUAAAUCUGGAAUUUUUGGCCUAACCGUUGGCAGUUCUUUUGUUACAUUGAACUGCAUAUUCAGGAAACUGUUCUUUAGUGAAUUUACAUACUACUCAACGGUCUUGCUGCCUUGUACAAUAAGUGGUCUUGCAGUCUACUGGGAACCUCCAUACAGACGGAUACUAGUUGUCAAUUUGUUUGUUAAUUUGGUUUUUGAAUAUUGGGCAAGAACUUUAGAAAUGAAAGGAUGGCUGCGGCGUUCACCAGGGAAAGAGACUUUAAUUUUUAUGUUUGGAAGCGCUAUCUUCUUCUAUCUCAUGCGAUGUGACAGAGAAAGCGAAAAGCGGACGCCUAUUUUCUGGUUUUUCAAUCCGCCACGAGUUUCGAAAGAGAUUGGGGAACCGGUUAAAGGAUUUAAAGGGAAAAGUCCAGCGUGCCCGCACAGGGAACCUUGCUUGAAUUACAUUUUAAAGGGCACAGCGCAACUUUUUGGCGUGGGGUGUGCCAUGACGAUGCUCCGUACGCUAAUACCUAAAAUAUUGACGCCUGUGAAGGCGUUCAAAUCUCUCAAACUAUCGCAUCUGAAGCUGGGACUAUUCUUUGGCGGCUAUAUUGGUAUUUAUCGGCUGGUGGUGUGCCUACUCUGCAGGUCGCAAGGCCGGGACAGUGCGCUAUACGCAUUGCCCGCGGGUUUCCUCGCCGGCGCCGCGUUCAGAGCCUCCCCCUCCACCCCUAUAGCGCUUGCACCCUUGACGUCCACCCUUCAGAUUCUCGGCUCAUGGGCGUACCGACACAAGAUGAUCCCGGAAAACUUGCCAUUAGUGGAGCUCCUCUACUGCGCGUGCCAGGGCCUGCUGUUCCACGCGAGGGUGAUGCACGAGGACGCGUGUCCGCGGUACAUCAUCAACUUGAUGCACACCGUCACCAGCAACAAGGCCGAUGAAAUCCAGUCUGGUUUUAUUCAAAGAAUCCUUAGGACUAUGUGAAAGAUGUAUUUUGACAUCAAUUUUAUAAGGGAAAUCUCUCGAGUUAAUAUAUUGGCAACAAUAAAACACCUGUCAAAGUUUAUGAAAAGCAAUUUGCAAUGGCAAGUGAAAGAUGUACAGUCAACAGCACAUAAAUCAUAAUCAAACUCAUUGCAAAUUCACCUCUAUUACCGCCCCGCGUUGAGUCCAAGGGGAUAACUUUGUCUGCACGUAAGUACAGUCACGUGCAUUGUAUGCAAUUGCAUUAAAUUUUAGACGUCACAUUGGUAUAAAAACCGAUGUGUACAAAAUUUAUUUACUUACAUUUAAUAACUGUUUAACAUUAUAUUAAUUGGCAGAGUUCUCAAAAACUUAACUCGAUUAAAAACUAAUAAAUAUAUUUGGCAAAACAAAGUAUUAUUUAAUCUCGAAUAUAUUUUGCAAUUUUUACAGUCGCAAAUACGCUCGAAUUUUAACUUUAUAUUAUUUAUCGCGUUAUGUGGUACAGGGUUUAGUUAAGAUUCAGUUGGGCUAGCACGUAUCUUUGCGAGAACGUAAUCGUAUAUAUACAACUUCAAUCUUUAGUUUAUGCAUAGGAAACUAUUCGCAAUGAUAAUAAUUUUCAAAUUGAUAGUUCCUUUUAAGUACGAUUAGAGACGCGCUGUUAACUUUUGUCUAUAUGAAUAAGUUUUUGCUAAAACGCGUGCUAGCAUCGCUGUUGAGUUUUUAAGUUUCGAUUAUUUAAAAGGUAAAUGUUUAUUAGCACUUAAGAAAGUAUUUCGUAGAUUUGUUUCGGAAAACGUUAUGAGGUCGUAACAUACUUGCGUGAAGUGCUCGCAUAUCUAUAUUUAUAUCUAUUGCGCAAUAUACAUAUAUGAGAGGUAGGCCCACGGAUGAAAGAGAUAGCAACAUAUGUACCUUGCAUUAAUAAUUUAAUAGUAGUGUCUUUAUCUGUACCUUCAUUCAUUUUAUAUUAUUAUUUUUAUAUUGCAUCGGAGUACAGUUGUGUCGUAGAAUACUGCGUUGAUUCAAUGAAAACAACGUAACGGACCAAUGAGGCCACGCUUUUUGGUAGUGGUGUGUUAUCCAGUGGUACCUACUAUUAAUAAACAUUCAAAACGAAGUUUAAUAUGUUGUAGUAAAAGAUUUUGUUUAUUUAUAUUUAGAUGUGAUAUAUGCGAGCAACCUCGUUUAAAUUUGUUGCGACCUUAAAUGUACCUACUCAAAAUCAGCAUUUAUGCCUUUUUAAACGAUUGUCCAUAAAAAGGAGUGUUGUUUUUUGUUUAGAUUAUGUGUUAGCAUGAGAUUUAGCGAGAAAAUGUCAUAAUUUAUAUGAAAAAUGAAUAGUUCCGACCAGAGACGCUGUUUACCUAUAUAAAUGACGUAGUCGAAAUGAUUACGUUCUUGCAAAAUCUCCUGCUAACCUCACAGGUACACUUCAGUGAAUCAGUAAUAUAAAAAGGUUAAUAUAAGACAACCUUUCCACCUUCCAUUUAUGGGUGCGUAUGUGAUAUAAUUUGUGCCUAUAUUGAGACCCGCAAAAUAAUAUCAACUAAGUAAUACAUUUAGUUACUACUAGAAAGCAUUUUUAUAGCUGGUUAUAUCACUAUAUCUCUCAUAUAUUGAAGUAUUUCAAACAUUUAUAUGUAAAACUUUGAUCAGUAUUCCGAUUAAACUGAAUAUUAUAACGCUCUCAUAAUUCAAAUACGAUCCUUUCUAUUGUAGAUUCAAAUAAUGUGAUAGAAAAAAAAAUGUGAUUUUCAGUACAAAUAUGAUUUGCAUCUUUCCAAUAACAAAACGUUUCAAAUUUAAAUUAAUUUUACGAAAAACCACAUCGAAUAAGUAUAGGCAUUUUGUAUCUAUUACGUAGUGUGCAAUUUGAAAAAUUUGACAGAGAGUGGGUUUGAAUUUCACUUCUCACUAUUGAGUCGAUUCGCAGUGAGACGCAUUUAACCUAUUGUGAACCUCGAUAGUGAGAAGUGAAAUUUCCCGAUUGGGAUGAAUUUCACGACUGUUUGAACGCGGCGUGUAACGUUUCAUUAGUGUCGCACACUUUUUUUGGAAUAAUCAUUUUUUUUAAUUAAACAUUUAUGAAAUUAACAUUGUACCAGUACUUUACUUAUUUAUAAAAUAGGAAAAUUAAAUUGAUUACUGUGUAUGGUACAAUUUAACUAAUGAUAGCCAACGGCGGCGUUCAUACAGUCGUGAAAUUCACCCCAUCGGGAAAUUAUUGGCCAAUGACAAUAAGGCAUUGAAUUUAAAAUCCGAAGACAAAGAAAACUAUAUACGCGUAACGUAACGUUCAACGUAGCCACAUGAGACAGAAGUAUUCAAUACGCAUGAUUAAUAUCUUGAUUUAGCGCUUCGCGUUUCUCUUCGUUUAUUCAUAGUACGCGUUUCUCUUCUCCGAGCGAAAUGGAAGAUAUGGAGGAUGUCUAUAGUUUUUUUUGUCUUUGAUUGUAUUAGACUGUUCAUUGACACAAGAACCUGAAGGAUUGAGCCAUAAAAAGUAUGAUUGUUAUUUUUAUCAAUGAAACAAACCGUAUUUCAUAGUAUUGAUAAAUGCAUUCGGUAUUCGAAUACUAUUUAUUUAAUAUAUUAUUUAUUGUUAUUAUAUAAAAUAUAAAACACAGUGAGUUACCGAUCUUUAAGGAAACAGUUCAUUAUUUACUUGUUGCGAUGCUUUAUGCAAAAUAUUCUAAGUGAUUGACAAUUUAUAGCCUAAAGGUAGUGGUUUAGAAUAGAUAGUGACAUCUUAUUAAAAUUGUUUUGCAGUCAUAAAGCAAUUUAAUAAGGCGAAGACUUUAUCUAUGAAUAGAUGUAUUAAUUUUAUUGUAUUUGCAUUUAUAAAUAAUAUUCAAAUAUAUGGCAAAAUGAUGUUUUUAUUGUAAUAGUUUUAAAACACCUGACAUAGCACAAAGGGUAAAUUUUAUCCCGAAAGUCCCACGUGAGCGAAGCCCCUUCACGCUUGUUUAUUACUAAAGUAGUCAAUUUAUUCUGCAUUAACUUGCUCCACGAUACAAAGAACGUUGUUAUAUAUUUAUAAUAAAUCAUUUUGUAUCACAC